UAGAGUACCUGGGGGCAAGGUCAGACAGACGACCCGCAGAGCUGUGCCGCCUGCUGGUCUGCCGUGAUUGUCAUUCUACAUGGUUCUGCUGCUGAUACAGGAUAUUAAACUGCCAUCCUGUUUUGGGGUUCAAGUUCAGAUCUGUUUUCCUGGAGAGAAAGACUUCUUAACCACCUCCUUGCGCAGUGCACUACAGUCAGCAGCCACGAAAAGUGUGCCAAAGGACGACUUGAGAUGCCAGAGAAGAAGAGAAGAGGACUCUGUAGUGCAUUGGUGAUAUGAUCCAUCACAGGAGGGAAAUUGUUGCUUUUGGUGAAGUUCCACCAGACUUAUUUGGAGAUUGAAGACAACAUUCUUCUUAAUUGUUUUUGGAAAAAUACUAUCACUCUGCGCGUGACUGAAAAAGUUUUUUCCCCCAUCACCCCCUUCCAGUCUCCUCGUACAUCCAGACUUCUGCAGGAGGGGCACGACAGAAUCCCACUUCCACCUGGCCUACAAGCACUCUGCUAGUUAACAACUUAUAUCAUGCAAGAGCCACACCGUUACAUGACGGUCAUGUGAAUUAAACAAUAAAAAAAAUCGAAUAAACGAAGAAGUGCGCGCUCUCGGCGAAGCGAAGCAUCAGCACCAGCAUCUGAUGCGCGUCCCCGCCCCGGUAGAGGCUGCCCGAGAUCCCGGGAAGAGGAGUUGGAGCUGCGCGAGUUAAAGUUGUGCUAAAGGGGGGUGAGAGGAUGCUGCAGAACAAUCUACGACCUCAUUAACAUAGCCUAUGCGGAGAGACGUGCACUAAGUGAAGGAUGACUUGCAAAAUACUGAGCAUAUGCCUCUUAUUUCUGGGUUUUCAACAUUGCUCAUCACGAGAAUGUGUUGAUCCGCUGGUCUCCAGCCUCUACGCCUCUUCCUUCCUGGCCUCCUCCAGAUAUAACUUUCUUUACUCUGCCAACUUUGCCAAAUUGUAUGGCAGCAGUGGCUGGUCCCCAUCGCCAAGGGACAGACAGCCGUGGCUGCAGGUCGACCUGGGCAGGAAGUAUCGACUGGUGGCCAUCGCCACCCAGGGGACCUUCAACUCCUAUGACUGGAUCACCAAGUACACCCUGCUCUAUGGAGACCGACCGGACUCCUGGACGCCGUACAUCAUGGAUGGAGGCAACUCUACACUGCCUGCGAACUGGAAUUAUUAUCAGUUGAAGAGGAAUGUCUUCCAUUACGCCUUUACCGCUAAACACAUCCGUCUGCUGCCUCUGGCGUGGAACACGGAGAAUGGAGGGAAGAUCGGCGUGAGGCUGGAGCUGUAUGGCUGCUCUUAUGAUUCCUAUGUUCUACAGUACAACGGGGACGACUCAGUGGUCUACAUGUACCCAGAAAAGAGGUCCCGUACACUGCACGACCACAUCGCCAUAAAUUUCAAGACUCUGGAGCAGGAUGGUCUGCUAUUACACAGUGAGGGGAUUCAAGGAGACCUCUUCACCUUGGAGCUGAAGAGAGGCCGUCUUUACCUGCACAUCAGCCUAGGAAGUAGUGUAAUACACAAACUUGAUGGUCGUACUACACUGACUGCUGGCAGCCUUCUUGAUAAUCUGCACUGGCACUAUGUCACCAUCAAGCGCUCCGGUCGACAGGUGAACUUCACAGUGGACAGUCACACAGUCACGGCCAUCUGCACAGGAGAGUUUACACACCUGGAUCUGGACACGCAGUUAUAUGUAGGAGGUGUCAUAGAGCAAAAUUUGCCUCACCUGCCCACUACACAAAAUUUCCGGGGCUGCCUGGAGAAUGUCUUCAUCAAUGAUGUCAACAUCAUCAACAAGGCUAAGAGAGAAGAACCUGAAAUCCGCAUCCCACGAAAGAAAAAGAUGCAUUACGCCUGCAGGGACAUUCUGCUCAAACCGAUGACUUUUGCCGGGCCCAACAACUACCUGCAGGUGCCGGGCUUCUUCAGGAGGCCUCGCAUGUUUGUCAAGUUUAAGUUCCGCUCGUGGGACUACACGGGGCUGCUUAUGUUCACGCGAUUUGCUGAUGACCUGGGUGCCCUUGAGCUGGGACUGAGCGAGGGACAGAUCAACGUCACUAUAUUCCAGCCUGGGAAGAAGAAACUCCAGUUUGCUGCCGGCUACCGGCUAAAUGAUGGUUACUGGCACACGGUGGAUUUAGCAGCCAGAGACAACCUGAUGACCCUCACAAUUGAUGAGGAGGAGGGCUCUCCACUUAAGAUUACCAAUCCAUUCACAAUUCGGACAGGAGACCGCUACUUUUUCGGAGGUUGUCCGAAAACCAAUAACACAAUACGGAAGUGUGAGACCAAGCUGAACCGCUUCCAUGGUUGCAUGCAGCAUAUCUUCAUAGACAAUGAACAGCUUGAUAUUGACAUUAUUCUGCAACGACAGUGGGGGCGCUAUGCUGAGUUGUUGUUGGGCACUUGUGGCAUCACUGACAGAUGUAGUCCAAAUCCAUGUGAACAUGAAGGCAGAUGCAUCCAGUCCUGGGAUGACUUUAUAUGUCUGUGUGAGAACACAGGCUACAAAGGAGAGGUGUGUCACAUGUCGGUUUACAAAGAGUCAUGCGAGGCCUACAGACUCAGCGGCAAGUAUUGGUCUGGAAAUUACACCAUCGAUCCUGACCUUAGCGGGCCGCUGAAACCAUUUGAAGUGUACUGCAAAAUUAAGUCAUAUAAAGCUUGGACAGUGAUUCUGAAUGACCGUGUGGAUGGUACCAAGGUGUCUGGGAGCUCAAUAGACCGGCCGUAUAUAGGAGAUGUCAACUACUGGAACGCCACCUGGGAUGAAGUCACUGCCCUAGCCAACACCUCUGUGUACUGCGAGCAGUGGAUCGACUACUCCUGCUACAAGUCCCGUCUCCUCAACACCCCGAACGGAAGACCUUUUGGUUACUGGAUCGGUCGUAACAAUGAGAGUCACUAUUACUGGGGUGGAACAUUCAGAGAGGUCCAAAAGUGUGGCUGCGCUAUCAACCAAACCUGCACCGACCCCAAGUUUCAAUGCAACUGCGAUGCCGACUAUAGACAAUGGUACUCAGAUAAGGGCUACUUGGACUUCAGAGACCAUCUGCCCGUUAGGAAGGUGGUAGUCGGGGACACCAACAGGACCGGCUCAGAAGCACAAUACACCGUCGGACCCCUCCGCUGCCAUGGCGACAGAAACAUCUGGAACACAAUCGCCUUCACCAAGCCCACCUACAUAACCUUCCCGACCUUCAGGCCCGGCUCCAGCGCCGACAUCUCCUUCCACUUCAAAACCUAUCGUGACCACGGCGUGUUCUUGGAGAAUUCUGAUGACCAACUGCGAAACUUCAUUCGGGUAGAGCUGAACUCCACCCAUAACCUUAUGAUGGUAUUCAUGGUUGGUGACGGCAUCGUUAAUGUGACACUACACUCCCCCGUGGCACUCAAUGACAACGAGUGGCACUUUGUUCAAGCCGAGAUUAAUGUGAAGCUAGCCCGCAUCAAGGUUGAUUAUCAGCCGUGGGCCGUCACACGUUUUCCAGGUCAGACUUUUGUCACCAUGCGGUUUACGCAUCCUGUCCUAGUAGGUGCAGCCAACCGCACCCUGAGACCAUUCUUGGGGUGUCUCCGAGGAUUGCGGAUGAACGGUGUUCCUCUUGAUCUUGAGGGGAAAGUAAAUGAAGAACAGGGUAUAAGGAGGAACUGUACGGGACAGUGUCUGAAUGCUACCAUACCAUGCCGAAACAGCGGCCAGUGUAUAGAAGGCUACGCUUGCUACACUUGCGACUGUAACAACACAGCUUUUGAUGGCUUCUACUGUCAUAAAGACAUCGGAGCCUUCUUUGAGAUCGGCUCGUGGCUGAGAUACAACAUACGAAAGAAGCCUAUAUCAGACGAGGCAGCAUGGGCCAACUGGAUCGACCCGCAUUAUGACAACUUUAGCCUCGGCUACAAUGACACAGCAGAUGACAUUGAGUUCAGUUUCAGCACCGUUUCUACACCAGCCGUGUUGCUCUACAUCAGCUCCUUCGUGCAAGACUACAUUGCCAUCAUCCUGAAGACUGACGGUAGUGUAGAUCUGAGGUAUAAGCUGGGGCUCAUAACACACAAGUACCAGCUGACUCACCGAAACCUGGCAGACGGAUACCCCCACUACGUCAACAUAACCAGACACAACAGAACCAUCAAAACACAGGUGGACUACAUGGAGCCCAUAGUGGAAAAGAUAACCUUAGUGGAGGACGCCAGGUUUGACUCUCCAAAGUCCAUGUUCUUGGGCAGAGUGAUGGAGGUUGGCGACAUUGACUAUGAGAUCCAGAGGCAUAAUGCUCCAGGCUUCAUAGGCUGCAUAUCUGGUGUGAGAUACAAUGUCUACGCCCCGUUAAAGGCCUUCUUCCGUCCAAAUGAAACCGACCCUCCGGUAACGACACAAGGCUACGUAUCUGAGUCCAACUGUGGCGCCUUCCCUCCUAUCCUGGGUUAUGUACCAUGGGAGGUAGACCCCUGGUUUACCACCAUAGAGUAUUUUUAUAUCCACGAUGACCUUGGCCUGUUUUGGAUAACAGUGAUAGUCAUCCUGGCACUGCUGCUGCUCUUUGGAGGCAUGUACAGCAUCUAUGUCUAUGCGUAUCAGCAGAAGGGCAGCUACCGCACCAACGAACCCAAGAACCUGGACUCCCCCAGCAGCUCCAGGCCCCUGACGGAGACCCUGAGGAGAGAAAAGAAGAACCUCCCGCAAAUUGAUGAGGAGUUCAGGAGCGACUAGCAUCACAGGACCUUUGGGACAGUGGGUGGGGUUUGACUGGGGGAUGGGGAGAGGGAAAUAGCACUUAAAACAAACACAGAUACCGGUAUUAAGUUUUCUAAUUCUUUCGUUCUCUUUUUUUACAUCUUGGUUUGUGUUCGUUUCCUCGGGUUGAGUGGGAUCAGAUGCCUGGUGCUCUACAUAGUAUGUAUUUUGGUAAGGCUUAAAAGUUCACGUCAAGCGCCAUGUUGCGUGAGUAGCCAACAAGUCUCACACUGUGUUGCAGGGUGAGAUACUGAAGUGCCUCAUCUGAGCGAGCUUGACCUGAAGUAAUAUUAUAGCUUAUUCAGACAGGGUUUAGAUAAGACACUGUGGGAUCAGGAUUUAAGGGGUGUUUAGUUAUAUUUGGAACAUCAAUUGAUUAUAAUCUAACCCUUUUAUUGAUUGAUUCUUUUUUUUUUCCUGAACCACUUUCAAGAUCAAUUAAAGCUAAAACAUAUCUUACUGUAUAGAUCUAUUGCCAUCUAAGAUAUACCUUUUGAUGACAAUCUCUCAUGGAGCCAUUUUUGACAUCAUAGCUUAUGAUCCGUCUUGGCAUUUGAGCAGAAAAGCACAUCAGUGCAUAAAAAACAACAACAACUCAGAUCACAGAAACAAAACUGGUGUUCCUGAAUAAAAACAUCCAACCGAAGAGAGAACGCACCGACGAGCAUGGAGCUUUGAUACGAUGCAUAUAUAGAGAUUGUAAAAGGUAUACACGCUUAUAAUUGUUGUAGUGCAGCCUAUAACAGUGCAUUACCUGUACAGAAUGGCACAUGUAAGUGGUUCAGAAUUGCCAUAGUGUCAGUAGAUAGCAACUUUGCCGUUCACAGUAUGCUCAGACUCCUAAACACAUUCUCAGCUACGGGGCUUCGGAAAUGAGAGUGCGAUGAUAUGUAGAUACUCCUCCUGGUGUUGAGAGCUAACAAACAAAAAAUGAGGUGAUGAAGCUCAGCAGGGACAGGGUGACCUACAUACCCAAGUUCUCAUUCCUUCCGUCUUACUUCUACUCGCUUAUAUUAUGGUCAAGCUGCCAAUAGCUCGGUGCUAAAGAGAGUUUGACUCACCAUACCUGUCUAACAACAGUACAACAAAAAGGAUCAGCCUUCUCACAAUCCUUUCGAUUCUUGAUUAUGAGCAUCUUUCAGGAAACAGCUGCUCCCUGUGGCUAUGUGGAGAAGCACAUAUAAACACACACACACACACUAACAUAUGAACAGAGGACCACAAGAGUGUAAAUACUAAUAUUUUACUUCCAACUCAUACUGCUCUAAAAUGUUUGCAUAUUGCUGUAGGACAGUUAGCCGAGCACGGCGUCACCGCCGCUGCUGCUGCUGCUUGUUUAGCUGCUUUCGGUGGAAAGUCAAAAAUUCUACCUGUAUAGUCCAAUGAAAUCUUCUUCUCUGGUAAGAUGAAAUUUCGUUUGAUGUGUGGUGCAACCAAAGCUUCAGGCUAUAUCAUCACUCACCACAGCUCUCCUUGAUACUGGAGCACUAUUGCGUAGGCCUAUGUGGGAAAAAUAGUCAAACAUUUGUAACAUAGCUAUGCAUUAGUAGAGCAUGACCGCACUUAACAUGCAAUAAUAUGAGCUUUUUUUCCAGCCACCAAUGAUGUUGAUGUUUAAUUUGCAGAUGCACAAUAGCAAGUAGGAUGUAAUGAGUGUAUACGUGAAUAUACGAAUAAUGUGAUUUUUUUUUUUUUUAUUCCUGUGGUUUAUACAAAACAAGUUGAAAGCAGUUAAAUGGAGUGCUUUGAAUGUAAAUCCUCUGACUGUGUAAUGUAUGAGCGGACGCUACAGUGAAGACCUGCUCAGGUGUUUUCACUGUAGGCUGCUUAGCACUGAAAGUAAACUUAUUCACGGUAGCUUUUUGGAAUGCUCAGGAUAAAGAAAGUACAGAACAUGUUCUCUGUAGCACUAAUACACCUCCAAAACUCCACAUUGUUUUGUUUCUUCCAUUACAUAUGGGCAGAACUGUGCACAAUUGUACAGUGAAAGGAUGUAAAAGACUGCAAAUUACCGUAAAAGGCACUACUUCCUAACAAUGUAUGAAAUUGUAUAGAUUCGGCCAAAACUGGCGUGUAUACAGGCUAUAUUUUUAAGAAAGAUUCAAUGUGAUGAAUGAUAAUGAAAAGUGAGCAAACGGAGUGAAACUGUUGGUUUGUGAUCGACACCAAGAAUAGUUUGUGUUUUUUGUUAAAUAGACAAUCAACACUCAAAGGUCAACAAACUUGGGCCAAAUAUGCUUUGCUGUCUAUUAGGAAAGAGUAAACUUAUGUAUCAUGUAAAUGUAUACACCUCAAUGUAUUCAACCGGCUAUAUGAACAUUCAGCCUAGCAUCGUCACUUCAUUGCCACUCACUAGUAAAUCACACGUGGUCCCUGGAGCGUGUGUGUAUGUGUGACUGACUAGAUGUUUAUAUGUUUGUGUAUUCAUAGUUUGCCAACCGACGACUCUCUUUCGAAAAAACUAUCGCGUGCACUGAUGCCAACUGUCCAAUUCACUUAUAGUCGUGCACCGACCGUAGAGCAAUGAGACAGAAAAGAGGUCUGCGUGUAUAGCUCAAGAGUGGAUUCUCCGUGUUCAGGCUUCAGUUGUUCAAUUUCAAGCACGUUGAAUCUGUGCUGAUUGGGAUCAUAUAGGGCGGGAAUAAAAGGGAUUAAGGUAAAAAUGGCCAGUAGAGGGAGUAGGCCAGAAGGAUGUUGUUAGCUCAGACAGGCUUUCUGCUGAUUUCACCAAAUCUAUACCUUUUUUCGGGGCUGCUUAAUGCUUCCUGGAGUUUAAUCAAAGUUUAAAAACACAUUUAAAGGGGUAUAAAGUUAAAUUGGGGCUAUGAGAAAGUCAUGAUUUGAGUCUUAACUUUAUUUAAAGUAUAGAGAUUACAAUACUUAAGGUCUUAAUACUUACUACAGACUCAUAUGAAUCUGCAGAAUCUGUGAUAUCAUAUAUAAUCCCACGAUAAAGCACCAGAGUGAUUAGUAAGCAGGUCAGACCGCUUCUCUGCACCGUCAAACCAAAUCCUUCUGCAACAGGGACCAGAAAUGAUCAUUACAGUUGUGCUUGUGAUCACACUGAAAUUUUAUUUCUGUUCUUAUGUCUGCUUGAUUUCUUUUGUAAUACUUUCACUGUAAAUGACCAUUACUGUGUAAAUCAAAGGCAAAGCCAAACCCAAUAAAAGAAGCUUGAAGGAAA